UGAUCCAUGGUAACCGAGUCCUUAGCAGUGCAGCAACCACUCAGCCUGUCAAAGCUAGUUAUGCAUUGAAGAAACCACUCUUCGGACCGGCUCUCUCCGGUGCAAAAUAUCGGGUUCAACGUGAGUAACAUCAAUUCACCAAGCUCUUUCAUUCGUGCAAAUACAAAUCGACGAAUUUCCGGAAUUUGAGUAUGGUCAAACCAAUGCUGUUGCUACACCUAACGAUAGCUAUCUAACGUUAGCUAAUGCUGAAGACCUCUUCAUGAAACUGCAACAUUUAUGUGAUGUUGAUGGUAGGCAGUGUUAAUUGGUUCAGCAAAUAAGGGCAAAUAUUACAACGUUAUGCUAUCAGCUAUUGCAUUAGUUUUUUUCCUGCGCAAAAUGAGAGAUUGAUAUCCAGCAGUUGAAAGAUUGAUGUCUUGAUGUUGUUUUAUUUUACGGUUUCGAGGAGAAAGAUCCCGUUGCAGGAGAACCUGCUUUGACCAUUGUGCCAUUGAUCGCUACAUCACAUUCUUAUAGUAACAACAUUUGAAGGAUCGUGAAGAUGGCGACUGGAGCGGGUUGGCAGCAGUACUACAGUCCUGCUGUUGGCAAUCCAUCGACCGGAGCAGGGAAAUAUAAUUCUGGCUCAUCAUCAACAAUCACCAUGGAAUAUACCCAAGAUCUGCACCUCAAAAUGAGCAAGAAAAUAGCACAGCUGACAAAGGUGAUCUACGCUCUGAACACCAAGAACGACGAGCACGAGGCGGCCAUCCAGACACUGAAGGAGGCUCACGAGGAGGAGGUGCAGCAGAUCCUGUCCGAGACACGGGAAAAGAUCAUGCAGUACAAGAGUAAGAUCAGCGAUGAGAUGGACCUUAAGCAGCGCAUCCAGUCGCUCGAGGAGUCCAUGGAGCUGCACGAGCGCAUGAAGCGCCAGGCCCUCGCCGAGUUCGAGACCUACCGGCAGCGUGUGGAGGACAUGCAGCUCUGCACUGAGGCCCAGCACACACAGCGUGUUGUCACCAUGUCCCGCGAGGUGGAGGAGAUGCGGCACUCGUUCGAGGAGAAGCUGCGCUCUUUCGGCACGGCGCAGGCCCAGUUUGAGCAGGAGAAGAAGCUGGCCCUGGAGGAGCUAAAGGCCAACCAUCGGCAGGAGGUGUCGGAGCUGCUUCGCAGCCACCAAAGCCAGAACCAGAACCACAGCAAGGACCAGGAGAAACUGGGCCAGCUGCACAAGGUGGAGGUGGAGUCCCUGUCAGAGCGUGUGGAGGAGGUGAAGGGGGACAAGAAGAGGCUGGUGGAGGAGUACGAGGCCAAGCUCAACAAGGCCCAAGCCUUCUACGAGCGCGAGCUGGAGGCCAUGAAGCGUACGCAGCAGCUCACCGCAGAUAACCUGCAGGCCUGGAAGAAGACUGAGGCGGAGCUGCGGAGGGAGUUCCACAUGCAGGAGGCAGCGCUGCAGAAGACCCUGGGGAAGCUGCGCUCCGAGCUGCAGAGGGUGCAGGAGGAGGCCCGGGAACAUAGGGAGAAGUCCCACAAACUGCAGGCCUCGCUCACUGCAGCCGAGAGCAAUAUCAAGGAGUUGAGCAAACAGCUGGACGAGGUGACGCAGGAUGCCGAGAUCGUGGAGAUUCGACAGAAGGAGGCGGAGUGUGAGCUGGAGGCCACCAGAGAUCGUGUGCAGCAGCAGGCCACAGAGAUCCUCCUCAAAGCCAGUCACAUUGGCAGCCUGCAAGCCACUCAGAUGAACCACGAGGCAGCCAUCCGGGACCUGGAGUCUGAGAAGUCUCGUCUGAAGGACAAAGUGGUACGUCUAGAUGAGGAACGCGGGGCCCUGCAGAACAAGUCCCAAGCACUGGACGACAGGCAGAGGCAACAGAUUCUCUCCCUGGAGAAGACUCUACGGGAGGAGAAGCAGAUGUAUGAGAAGGAGAUGGUAAACAUGCGUGCCAAAUACGAGGACGACGCCGCCCACUUCAAAGAGUCACAGACCCGGGCGCUGGAGGAGCUGUCGAAAAAACACCGGACCACCCUGGAGAACACACAGACUACUGCCGAGACGGAGAGGAGCUGGCUACUGGCCGAAAUGGAGCAGCAGUUUGAGAGGGAGAGGCUCUCAUUGGUGGAGCAGAAGAACCAUCUCAGACAACAACUGGACAGCCUGAGGGAGGAGCUCGCCGCCAAACUUGAACAAGUCAAUCAGGAGGUGUUGCGCCUGCAGGAGCUGGUGAAGGAGGGUGAGCAGGGCAUGGGUUCAGCAGAGGGACACAUCUCCAACCUGAAGGAGGCCCAGGACAAACUAGUGGAGGAGUUGGACGCUACCAGGGCCAGACUGAGAGAGACCAGCAACCUGCUGACCGCCCUGCAGGGAGAGAUGGAGGCCCAGAAGAAGCAGCACGAGGCUAAAGUCAUCACUAUUAAAGAGGACGAGAAGCUCAAGAUGGACAAGAUGGCGCUGGAACUGGAGCUCAAGUGGACCGAGACGUUAAGACAGGAGUGUAAGAAGCUGCGUGAGGAGCUAAGGGAGGAUCAUGAGGAUGACAAGAGGGCAGCCCUCAUCCAGCUGGCCCAGAACAAGGAGCAGGAGCUGGGCAGUGCCCGCGAGAGCUGGCACAGGAAGGUGGAGGACCUACUGGAGCAGAUCUCGUUGCUGAAGCAGAGUCUGGAGAUGCAGCUGUCUCAGUCGCAGAGCUCCCUGCAGCAGCUCCAGGCCCAGUUCAGCCAGGAGCGGGAGCACUUGAGCCAGCAGCUCCAGGAGCUGCAGCUGGAACACCAGCGCAGGGAGCACAGCCUACAGGAGGCCCACUGCUGCGCCAUGCAGGACCUGGAGGAGACCCGCCAGCACGACCUCAAGAAGCUGGAGCAUCGUCUGCGGCAGCAGCACCACAUAGAGCUCCAGUCUGUGAGAGAGGCUCACAGACACAGCAUUGAGACACUCAAACAGCAGUCAGAGCAGGAGCUGCAGACUCUACGCUUCGAGCUGGAGGACGAGGGCAAGGCCAUGCUGGCCUCUCUGCGCUCUGAGCUGAACCACCUCCAUGCCUCGGCCAUAGAACAUCUACGGCAGACCCACCAACAGGAGACGGCUGCAGCUAAACUGGAGCUGGAGAACGCCCUGGAGGACAGCCGGACACAGGAGAGGGAGUUGCUGGGCCGGAUCUCGGACCUGCAGGAGGAGGUGGUAAGGAGGAAGAACCACAUUGCUCAGCUGGACCACGAGAUUCACACACUGAACGAGAACAUCAACACACUCACCAAGGAGCUGGAGCUCAAGGGCAAGGAGGUGCUGAAGAUCCGCAGCGAGGCCAACCAGCAGAUCAGGGCUCAUGAACAGGACCUGUCGAAGAAACACGAGCGAGAGAUGGCUGAGAUGAACGCCAUGCACAACAGAGAGACUCAGAACAUGCUGUGUGACUUCAACAAGGCCCAGGAGCUUCUCAAAGACAAGAUCUCUGCUCUGCAAGUCCUGCUGGAGGGCACGGAGGAUAAGUUCCGGAACAGGGAGAGCCGGCCUGAGGACCUGCAGGUGAUCGCUGAGCUAAAGGAAAUGGUGACUGAGAGGGAGUCUCUCGUCAAGAAGCUGGUGGUAAGUGACGACAAAAAGUUCUACCAGCUGGAAUUGGUGAACAGAGAGACCAACUUCAACAAGGUGUUCAACACCAGUCCCAACGUGGGAGUAAUAAAUCCCCUCAUCAAGCAAAAGAGAAAGAAUGACAAAUCAGCAAACCGAUUCAGCAGCUCUCCAAACCUCAGGGCUCUGGAGGCAGCAGGAACAGGGAUGGGGAGCGGGCAGCCCCAGCCCAACCGCUUAGAGCCUAUCCCCAACUCCCCCAUUCACCACCUUGACUUCAACACUAGCAAACCUCUGCCCCCACCGACCCCUCCGACAGAGCCCAAGAAAUUCAUGAGUAAGUUGCAGAUGAGUCAGCGUGGUGGAUUUGUGCGGGGCUGCCCUCCAUUGUCAUGGGACUCUCCCAUCACUGCAUCUCACACAUGGCCUGUCUGUCUCAACCCCUGUCAAGCCCUCCUGAGACAGAGGAGUCACCCGUAGGAUCCCCCGACCACCAACGCCAGGAAUGGUUCGCCCAGUACUUCACCUUCUGAUUUUUGCAACUCGAGAGCAUGUCAACCAUACGAAACGAAAAAGACUUUAAAAAAAGAUAUAUAUAUAUAUUAUUUAAUGAUCAACCACUACAUUGCAUUCUGUUGAUUACUUCACUGUGAAUGGGUUCCUAGUUUGUACAGUGCCGAUGAGUAUGUUUGACGUUUUUCUUUUUUUGCAGUUUGUAAUGAGUGGUACAUAUGCUGCUAUCAUUUGUUAAAUACAGUAUACAGUAAAUUGUCCUCUCUCUGUACCUUAUUUUAGGAUGGCACUGUAAUGAUAGUUUGUUACAGCCGCAUCAGACAUUUUGGUAGAACUAAACUGUUUGUAUGGUUGUCUCAACACAGAUAUAAUGAUGUCUCACCAAUUUUAAAAAUAAAUUGCAUAUUUUAUAUUUAUAUUAUACUGUGUAUGCUUAACUAAUAAAUACUGAUUAUUGUGACAUUUA